UUCUCUCUCGUCUCUCAGUUCUGAAGUUGGCAGUACUGUACCUUGCUGUCUUAUUUCAUAUGCUUUCAUCAGGUCACCGACUAUUUCCUGAGGAGCUGUUUUUACUGUGAAUAGAAUGAUGAGAUGAUGUGCUCGUGCAAAGGAGUUAUGCCAGAUCUGAAAUAGAUUCACCACUGCUGAUGCUACAUUCUUAGAGUUUCCGACUCGUGGUUUAUGUAAUGCUGCAUGAAGAGCUGAUCUGUGUUCCUGCACCAUUUCAUUCAUCUGACUCAGGAAGGCACUCCUGUGUUUUGCUGUGAUAUGCAACACCAAACAAAGACACUUUGCAGGAUUGGCAGCAAAAAAGCAGCAUAGGUUGGAACAAAUAACGGGUGCAAGAAAAGACAGCAGAAAGACCUUUACAAUGUCAGUCCUUGGGGAAAGUAAUAGGAAGUGAAGAGUUUAUUGUACAAAAUUCUGUUGCCAAAAAUAUUAUGAAGAGCUGUCCGAUCUGUUUUGUUCAAUUUCUGCUAUGGAUGUGUUAUACUUCUCAAGAUGCAUGUAAAGCACCUGCAAUUGAUUAUGGAGAAAUUAUAAGUGCUAAAAAAGAAACGUAUCACAAAGGUGACAAAGUACAAUACAAGUGCCAGUCUGGGUAUGACCUGGAAGGAUCUGAAUGGGUGGCAUGCAAAAAAAAAAAGUGGGACCCUCCACCAAAGUGUUUGGCACCUUGCAAUAUCACAUCACAAGAGCUGGCUGCCAGAAAGUUGCAUUUGGCUGGUGGGGAAAGGCAUUCAAUGUUGGUCCAAAAUAACCACACAGUGGAAUUCAUAUGCAAUAAAGGAUAUUCCAUUGUAUCUCCUUCCAUCAGAAAGUGUAUGAAUGGGAUCGUGGAUUUUCCAACAUGUGUCUUGUCUGUGCCUGGCAAAGAGAGUUCCACAUUCCAUUUUUCUCUUUCCAGUUCCAGUGAGCAGCUGACACUAUCAUGGAAUCUCUCCACACCAGUCAUAUGCAGUACUCCAGAAGUAAACAAUGGCAACUUCCUUCCAGUACAGAGUCGGUACAGACUUGAGCAGAUGAUCCAAGUUGAGUGUCAUUCAGGAUAUACAUCUGAAAACCCCAAUACAUCUUCGAAAUGCACAAAGUUGGGCUGGUCACCACAUCCAAACUGUAUACCAAAGCGCUGUGUCUUUCCUCAAAUAGAGAAUGGAAGACUGUCUUGGUCCUAUACAUAUUAUAGUGAUGAAUAUUUUCCAGGAAAGGAGGGGAAAUUGAUUGACUUCAGAUGCAAUUCUGGCUUUCUGGCAGCUAAUAGAAAUCAAUGGCACAGAGCUAAAUGCACCAAAAAUGGUUGGGAUCCAGAACCAGAAUGCUUUAAACAAUGCUUUCGCCCUAAACAUUUGCCACACGGUGAAGUAGCACCAGAGUCCUACAAUAGCUUCAUAGAGGGUGAAGAAAUUUAUUUUUCUUGUGAGGAGGGAUAUCAUCCUGAACAUCUACCGGCCAAAUCCAAGUGCACAAAAGAUGGCUGGUCACCAUUUCCAAAUUGUUCUUCCACGCAAGCAAAAGGGACAAAUAUCACCAGCACCUGAAGAUCCAACAGUGUACAUAUUUGCAAGUCCUUAUAUGUAUCUCUUUGGAAUUUCCUUUUGAUUACAUUUGUCAUGUUUGUGAACCAAGCAUUGCUUUUGAAAACUAAUUUUAAGCACAAAAAGGCAGACCAAGAAAAACUUCAGUAUUCUUGAACAUUUAAAUAGAAUUCUGAUGAAAGUAAGGUGCCUACUUCUUCUUCUUUUUUUGAAGGGCUACUCUUCCCAGCACUCUGUGCAUGCCUUCCAAGAUGGUGCAAGGACUCCAUUUCCCUUCCAGCAAUAGGAUGGUGGGAAGGGUGGUCUCUGCAAGGUGCCAGGACUAUACAAAGUAUUCAGUGUCAGCCAAAGCUUCACACAGGCCCAGUAAAUAAUUAGUCAAGGGGCCACACUUUAGGGCCCCAGGGCCUUACAACGAAGAAUACUGGUCUAGUGUGAUGUACUUCAUCACUUUGCAUUUCCUUGCUCCCACUCCUGUGACAGGAGACAGAGAGUGCUGAAACACGAUGACCCUGGGUCAUGCUUUGUGUGAAGACACACAGGAAGACACACAAUGGCUUCCGCUUCCUGACUAGUGUAAUGGAUAACUUUCCUAAAACGUACUAAUCCACUCACUCAGGAUCUGUCCCAUUGAGUAGAGGUUUUAAAAGGGUGUACGUUUGUGUAGUGACCUCACUUGGGGGAGGGACAGAGGGAGGAGCCUGGGUGGAGAAACGUAGAGUGAGGGUUAUAUAAGCGGCCAGCGGAAAGUCAACUGCAGCAUCAAACACAGGUGAAAUAUUCAAGUGACUGAUCCUUUAUUAGAAUGUUCUAAAAAGGCACAUCAACAUGCUAAAUCAAAUAAACAAGUU